UGCGUCCGUCUUAUGGCCACAAACGCCAAGCGAGAAGACAAUCACCACUUGCUGUCCACCCAACAGAUCCAUCAGUUGAAUGCCAGCAAUAAUUUGCUACUCUUUAGCCCCAAAUGGGAUCAAAUGUAUGAUGUCUUCUACAAUAGUCAACAAAUCAGUCCACAACCCGACCAUCCAGUCGAUGAUAAGCCAAACCAUAGGACUGAUGAUGAGAUGAAAGUGAAUGCCGACCACAAAGACACCCAUUUGUUGGACACAAGCCAUGAGUGGAAACCUAUCGACAAACUAAACGCUCAGACAUUAGUUAAAUAUUACACACAAUUAGCUAAACUAAGACUAACCGGUCUGGUAGUGUUGACCACAUUGUCCGGCUAUUAUAUGGGUCUUCAGACACCGAUAGACCCCUUAAUACUGACGGCAACUCUGGUGGGAACGGGUCUGACGUCCGGAUCGGCCACAGCUAUCAACCAAUACCUGGAAAUACCGUUUGAUUCGCAGAUGAAGAGGACGCAGAACCGACCGCUGGUUUUGGGCCGAAUCAGUGGACUCCAUGCCAUGGGCUUCGCGGGGGUGUCGGGGCUGACAGGCCUGGCGUUGCUGUCGUACGUGAACCCAUUGACGGCAGUGUUGGGCGCAUCCAAUCUGAUCCUCUAUUCAUUCAUAUACACGCCGAUGAAGAGGGCGCACAUCGCCAACACAUGGGUGGGCGCAGUGGUGGGCGCCAUACCUCCCAUCAUGGGCUUCACGGCCGCCACCAAUUGCAUC